GCUCAAACAACUGAACACCGCGCUUCGCGAAGCUCGUUUUAAAAUUACUGGCGGUUUCAAGUGAGGUUAAGCGAUUACGCAAGGUUGCGUAGAGUGAAAGAUAGGUCAGUGCAAGUUCGUGUUUGUUAUUUGUGAGAAUUAUGGUGGCGAAUUUUAAUAUGCCCAAGAAGCAGGCUUCCAGCAUGGAGGAUAAAUGCGAGAAUAUUAAUAGAAACAACUUGGGGCGAGCCCUUUUGGGCGUUAUAUGCCAAGCCCGACAGCAAGGGCGCUUGGUGUGCGGCCUCAAUUCCGCCAUUGCUAGAAUGGCAGCAUCUCCAGAAGACGUAGUCUGUUGCGUCUUGCCACAGAGCAACGUCGAUCCAGCUCAACAUAUCCACACCGUGUUGUUACAAGCCGUUUGUUACGAGAAUUACAUACCUGUGAUCCAGGUGGAUAGUAGCGAAAAACUAGCCGAAUACUGCGGAUUUUCCUCAAAAUCCUGCAACUGCGCCAUGAUUCUGAGGGACGACACCGAACCCGUCACACCUGAAGAGGACCCGCCUAUGUCACCCACAGAAAGGAUCCUAGCCGAUUUUUACGAGUGCACUCUGCAAGAAUUUCCAAGACCUGUCAUCCAGCUGCCCAGAUGAACCGACGUGGAUUAGCUCCAUUUUGAAAGUAAUCCUGGGAAAGGAUUCAAUGGAAAAGUCUUUAAAACGCGAUAGUUGCUUUGAGGUUAUGCGAGUUAUGCCGCGAAGGCGAUAUGUGCAUUGUGGGUUGCAUAUGCUGUGACGGUAGAUCGGAAAGGUCUAAGAUGGCAGUGUAGAGACAGUAUAAGUGAUAUAUUUUUAUUUUUGAGGUUAAAAUAAUGUAUAUGGUUGUAGGUCGGUUGCAAAGUCUACAUUUGUGCGCUUGAGCGGUGAGUGAUUUUGAUCAUUUUGAAAUCGAGGGUUUUUGUGUUGGUUUUUGGCACACUAACUUGUACUUUACGACAUAUUUAUGAGAAUUUAAAUAAUUAUAAAGUUUGUGCAUCUUCAUGAAUUUUCUUGUGAAUUGACUUGCUUUGUAUUUUCAUCAGCUUUGAUGUUCUUCCAUCAAAUGGAACAAUUUUUCUUGAAAAAUUAUAACUGUUUAUGAUGCGCAUAGUAGAAAAUAUUGUGAUAGGUAAUAUAAAACUUGAAACUUUCAUGAUUAGUG